CUAUAACCGAUGGCUGCACCUCUUUCUUGCCUGCAUUCUGAUACAGCCUGCUUUUGUUCUCUGUUUUUGUUUAUAUAAUUACUAGAUAGAAAUAGCACAUUCUUUGUUUAUUGUUGGUUAUUUUUAUUCUUUUGGUUUGCGGAAAAUGAGCAAGGCAGAAAUCGGCGUAACCGCGCCGGCUACAGUACAGAAGCCCAUUCAUUAUCCAUUUUGGUAUGGAGGAUUUGCAAGUGUGGUUGCGGCUAUGUGCACGCACCCUCUAGAUCUUGCUAAAGUGCGGAUGCAAACUGCCGAAGAGCGCGGAAAGUCGAUGAUACAGACGCUUGUCCAUGUUUAUCAUAAAGAGGGUUUCUUUGCAUUAUACAAGGGCUUGACGGCGAGUAUCCUGCGACAAGCCACUUAUUCAACAACACGAUUUGGCGCAUACGAGAAGAUGAAGGAUCUUGCUACCGGGGGUUCUAAUGUUGCUCCUCCUUUUUACGUGAUCUUGCCCAUGGCGAUGGGAGCAGGAUGGAUUGGUGGAGCGGUGGGAAACCCAGCAGAUAUCAUCAAUAUCCGCAUGCAGAACGACAUGUCGCUCGAUCCAGCUCACCGACGAAACUACCGGAACGCGUUCCAGGGUCUCUACAGGAUGAUAAAAGAGGAAGGCGCGAGAUCUCUCGUGCGAGGAAUAGGACCAAACACAACCAGAGGAGUUCUUAUGACUGCCUCGCAGAUGGUCUCGUACGACGAGUUCAAGAAGUUGCUGGUCGGGUUCGGAUGCGAUCCCAAGGCGAUGACGACACAUUUCGGAUCGAGUAUGCUGGCGGGACUUGUGGCGACUACGGUAUGCAGCCCGGUUGAUGUGGUCAAGACGCGCGUUAUGAACGCAAAGGAUAGACAUCAACCGGCGAUUGUGAUCAUGCGAGAGGCGGUCAAGAGCGAGGGCAUACUCUUUGCUUUCCGCGGCUGGCUACCGUCUUUUAUCCGACUCGGUCCACACACCAUCGUGACAUUUAUUGUAUUGGAAAAGCUAAAGGCGCUGAAGAUCGGGAUGUUUUAAGAGAGGAUGAUAUUACUAUGCACAGUUUGGUUUCGGUUGUAUUUCCUCUGGCUCACCCAGCCAGAGCACGUUGCAUGAAGAGCGGGAGGAUAAGAUACAGGUUCAAUAUGAAUGCUUAAUGAAGACUUACAGUAGAAUAGUACACAUUUGUAAGCAAAAGGGUUUGGUUUCGUUGGG